CUGGUUAGAUACUGGAGGAGUGGCCGGACACCAACACAGGGGGAAGUUGUGUAAGGACUUCUGUUCCUGUGCUGAGCAACCUAUGGUCUAGACGAGACUUGUUCAGCAGCACGUUUUUCGUACAAGAUCCAAACAACACCUGGGCUUGGCUUUAAGCAGAAAAAUGGUUGUAUCUAAGUCAUGGACAAUGGUAAAGCACUUUGAGGGUGCACCGAAACCUGAGGACUUCAAGCUUAUAGAAAAAGAGCUGCCGCCACUGCAAGAUGGAGAAUUUCUCCUGGAAUCCGUUUUUUUGAGUGUAGACCCAUAUAUGAGACCAUAUAGUAGACGGAUGUUAAAAGAAGGUGAUGUAAUGAUUGGAUCCCAAGUUGCCAGGAUAUUAGAAAGCAAAAAUUCAGCAUUCCUAGUAGGUGAUUAUUAUGUUUCGAACUCAGGCUGGACAACACACUUUAUAUCUAAUGGCACAGGAUUAAAAGCCCUGCCUUCUGAAUGGCCUGAAUCUCUGCCCAGAUCUCUGGCACUUGGAGUAGUGGGCAUGCCUGGUGUAACUGCAUAUUUUGGACUUUUGGAAAUCUGCAAUCCAAAGGAAGGAGAGGUCGUUCUUGUCAAUUGUGCUGCUGGAGCAGUCGGGUCAGUUGUGGGACAGAUUGCCAAGAUCAAAGGUUGUAAAGUAGUUGGAUCUGCUGGUUCAGAUGACAAAAUCCAAUAUUUGAAGGAAAUUGGUUUUGAUGAAGCUUUUAACUACAAGACAGUGAGCUCUUUGGAAGAAGCUCUGAAGAAAGCAUCUCCGGAAGGCUAUGACUGCUAUUUUGAGAAUGUUGGAGGGAAGUUUGCUGAUGCUGCCCUGCCUCAAAUGAAGGAUUUUGGAAGAAUUUCUGUGUGUGGUGCUAUAUCCAUGUAUAAUGAUGCAGUGCCUCCCUCAGGACCUUACAUACAACCCAUCAUUCUUUUUAAACAACUCCGUAUGGAAGGCUUCAUUGUGACUCGCUGGGCAGACAGAUUUAUGGAGGGACAAAAACAACUCCUGCAAUGGGUUUUAGAGGGUAAGGUAAAAUAUCAUGAACACAUCACAAAAGGUUUUGAGAACAUGCCGACUGGAUUCAUGGGGAUGCUCAAUGGCGAGAACACUGGAAAAGCAAUUAUACAAGUUUAACCCCUUCAUGACCCAGCCCAUUUUCACCUUCAUGACCUGGGCAUUUUUUGAAAAUCUGACCACUGUCACUUUAAACAUUAAUAAUUCUGGAAUGCUUUUACUUAUCAUUCUGAUUCCGAGAAUGUUUUAUCGUGACAUAUUCUACUUUAUGUUUUUGGUAAAAUUUCACUGAUAUUUGCAUCCUUUCUUGGUAAAAAAUCUAAAAAUUUCAUGAAAAUUUUGAAAAUUUAGCAUUUUUUAACUUUGAAAGUCUCUGCUUGAAAGGAAAAUGGAUAUUCCAAAUAAAUUACAUAUUGAUUCACAU